GAAGCUGUAGGGGGGUUCGAGUACACGCGCGGGAGCUCUUUGGACCAACGAGCCGGGAGAGCAUUGAAUUUUUCACUUAUUAAAGCCCUACAAUCGACGUUGUUUUUGAACGAUGGGUUCCAACGGGGAGCUCAUUUACUUAAAGCAUUACGUUUCCUCUUCGUCUUACCCCCCCCAGCUCUGAUGGUAGGGCCUACUUCUGGUUACGAUGCCGGAAGUCUCGCGAUGGAGGGAGGAAGAGGUGCACCCCUAGAAAUGCUGCCAGAGGAAAGUCGUGUUUUACCCGAAAGUUUUGAAGCCAACAGUUUGAAGAGGAGCAGCUGGGGGCUCGUAGUGACUGGGAUAGUUGGUGGGACACUGGUGGCAGUGUAUGCUGUGACCACGCCAUUUAUAACUCCAGCCCUCCGGAAAGUGUGUUUGCCUUUUGUACCUGCAACUACGAAGCAGAUAGAGAAUGUCCUGAAAACGCUGCAGUGCAGGAGAGGACCCUUGGUGGACAUCGGCAGUGGCGACGGACGUGUGGUGAUAGCUGCCGCGAAGGCAGGACUCCCGGCUGUCGGCUAUGAGCUCAACCCGUGGCUCGUCUGGUACUCCCGAUACCGGGCUUGGCAGGAAGGCGUGCACAGCUCCGCCAAGUUUCACAUCUCAGAUUUGUGGAAGGUCACUUUCUCGCAGUACUCAAACGUCGUUAUUUUCGGUGUGCCUCAGAUGAUGCUGCAGCUGGAGAAGAAACUCGAACUCGAACUAGAGGAUGACGCGAGAGUCAUUGCUUGCCGGUUCCCUUUCCCUCACUGGACCCCAGACUGCGUCGUGGGAGAGGGGACUGACACUGUGUGGGUGUACGAUGCGAGCACUUUCAGGGGGGUCAAAAGAGCCCCUGAAAGUCGGUGCUUUUCCAGUCGGUCAUUCAAAUAGAACCUUCACUGAGAGUG